CGUCUCACUGCAGAGUUCAGAGGUUCUUUAAAUCAUCUCCAGCAGGUUCUGCCUUUUUCCUUCGGUUUCUGAGCAUCAGUGAUGGAGGUCAACUGCAAAGACAUCAGAGUCCGUGUGCUGCUGGUCUCUCUGGGGAUCCUCUGUGUCCUGCUGGCAGCAAGCGUCGGGGUCAUCUCCUGGGGCGGCUGGAAAAUAAAUCAACAGGAAAAACUGAUUGCUGAUCUGAGGAAUGAGACCAAACAUUUGAACCUGAUAACGGCCUCGUUAAAGAAGGAAACUAAGCAGCUACAGACAGAGAGGGAGGACCUCAACAGGACAAUGCACUUCAUUCUGACCUUUGACUCCUUUCCAGUAAACGAGUACUGCCCCAAUGGAAGUGAGUAUAUGAUUCUUUCAGCUCUGAACAUCUAUGGCAAAUGUGAACCAUGUCAGCGUGAUUGGAACUCAUUCAACGGAUCCUGCUAUCUGUUUGAGGAAAGAAAUCGGUCUUGGAAUGACAGUCGGGAGUACUGUCAGAGCAAAGGUGCAGACCUGGUUGUUGUUAAUAAUGAAGAGGAACAGAAAUUCCUUUCAAGACAGGCUUCUAGUAACUAUCGCUACUACUGGUUGGGACUUCGGAAGAUUGCUGGUGACUGGGUUUGGAUUGAUGGUCGCCCUGACACUCUAGA